AUGGACCUUUACGCAACAGGCUUCAACGCCUGGCACCAGCUCUGCCUCAAUCGUCAAAGCUCAAAAGAGGAAGAAGAGGAGCCUCAUGACCUCUACCGCUUUGCAAAAGUUCUUUCUGCCGCCACCAUCAAACGACCAGUCUCUCGACUCACUUACACCAUCGGACUCCUUUUGGCAGUUCACCGAGAUGGAGGCCUGCUCGUCGCCGGCCUAGUAUCCCCCGAGACUGUUGAUACCGAAGCCGAGUUUCUCUACACGUCAGCCGAAGCCGCCUCCGGAAAACUCUUAGCCAUUGUCCACGACAAAGAUGGCGACGACAAUGACGCCAACAACAGCAACAAGCUGGUACAGUACUCGUCCUUGACAUCUCGAAGAGCUGGUGCCGAGCCAGAGUCCAUCUUCGACUGCCGCCCUCGAGCCACGCAAGUCGCCGCGUUCAACACCGGCUUCGUCAUCCUCCACUCUGAUGGCUCUGUCUCUACCUUUGGCGAUUCCCGCUUUGAAGCGUGUCUUGGUAGAGACACUGAUCCGCUAGAUCGACCGUCUGAUCAGCCGGGCCCGGUACCCGACCUCAAUGACAUCGCGUCGGCAGAUGAUCCAAUCAAACUCGUCACCGCCGGCGGAACUGCUGUCGCGGCGCUGACGAGCAACAGCUGUAGCGUCUACGUCUGGGGCUGCCCUUCGCCAGCGGCAGCUGCAAGAACAUCAGCAUCAGCAUCAUCAGGCAACUCUCAGCAUCGUCGUCGAGGACAUGCCUUUCCAGAGCUCUCGGGCGUGCCCAAUUAUACGGAGGUCGACGGCGGCAAAGACGUGGUGGAUGUCGCUCUGGGAGAUGCUCAUGCCAUUGCACUAACUACGGAUGGGCUCAUCUACGUCUGUGGCGAGAACAGAAAUGGUCAGCUUGGGCUUGGGAGAGAAGUUGAGAGAGUAGAAACAUGGACGAAUGUUCCGUUCCUGGUUGCAGAUGGUUAUAAGAUUGUGUGUGUGGCUGCUGGUCCGCGAGCAUCCUUUAUUCUGGCUGCCAAAGCGUAA